AUGCAGCUUCAAAGAACAGGACACAGUAUACCCGGGAAGCUCGAAAGAAAAGUAAACCAUGAAAUCAAGAAAAAGAUUUACAUUUGCCCUGAACUUGGUUGUGUCCAUCACCAUCCGUCAAUGGCUCUUGGAGAUCUGACUGCAAUUAAGAAGCAUUUCUUUCGAAAACAUGGUGAAAAAAAAUUAUCUUGCCAUAAGUGCAAGAAGAAGUACGCAGUGCACGCUGACUGGAAGGCUCAUGAUAAGAUCUGUGGUCUGUGGAACCAAGAAUUACAAAUGGAUUCAUGGCUUCCCAGGCUACACAACACCAAGCAAAAUGUUUCGUGUUGGUUUCAAGGGCGGCGCUGCCACUUGAACUGCCCUCAGAAUGAACUGAAUCUCAACAUUACCAGUUCAUUUAGUGGUUUGAUGAUAAAUACUGGUGAUGAGGUUUCUGCGUGUAAUAUUCUAAAUAGUACCCCUGCUCCUCAGUUAUCGGCCACAGCUCUUCUACACGAGGCUUCCCUGACAGGAUGUGAUUCCAAUAAUGUAGCUCUUGUGAAGAGCAUGAGGAGCUCUUGGUCUGAUGGAAUGAAGGUUAAUACAUAUGGGGGAGCUUUGGGAGAUGGCAUGAAUGGUGGUGGCAUCACCUUUGGAGUAGAAACGUACAACAAUCUGAACAAGUCUUAA